AUGUCCACCAUGGCAAGGAGGAUGCUGUACCUCCUGCUGAUGGUCCUCACGUUCACCAGACGGACCGCAGCCUGCAGCAGCAGCUGUACGCCGACCAGCUGUGACUGUCGCGGGUCACGCCUCACCAGCGUUCCUCAGGACCUGCCUGCGAACAUCACUCGCCUGGAUCUGCGGGAAAACCUCAUCACCACGUUACGCCCGGCCGACUUCGCGAGAUACGGCAACUUGACAUACCUACAUCUCGGUUCUAAUAGAAUCUCAACGAUCCAGAGAAGAACGUUCCGCAACCUGGCCAACCUAACGGACCUGUACCUCUACGGGAACCAACUCACAAGUCUCCCAGUCGGCGCGUUCGUGGGACUUGCUCGUCUUCAGCGCUUGGACCUUUACCAGAACAGGCUGACCACUCUCCCGGCCCGCAUAUUCAGGGGGCUAGGUCACCUGCAGCACUUAGAUCUCUACCAGAACCAACUGACCAGUCUUUCGGCUGAUAUAUUUGAGGGGCUUGGCAACCUGACGGUCCUGGACAUGUAUCGGAACAAACUAACACGCCUGCCGCGUGGCAUAUUUACGGGACUCGGUAACCUCCAGGAGUUGUGGCUCGGGCAGAACGAGUUGACAAGUCUCUGGCCUAGCACCUUUGCAGGACUUGGUAAGUUGCGGGAACUGUGGCUUGGCCAGAACCGGUUAGUCUCGCUCCCAGAUGACAUAUUCGGAUACAGGCCGGGCCUCCCUGAGCUGAGGUCCCUGCAUCUUGACAACAACCAGCUGAUUAGCCUGGAAGCUGACACGUUCCUUUACCUGGGUAACCUGGAGUGGCUGGACCUGCACAGGAACAACAUCAGCAGCCUCGAGGAUCUUGCCUUCAGAAGCGCGCCGCGGUCUCACCUUCAGCACCUAGACCUGGAGUACAACAACAUCGGCACCAUUUCACGUACCGCGUUCGUAACUCCGCGGCUCCAGACGCUGAUCCUGUCUCACAACAACAUCAACCACUUCCCCGCUGAAGCCUUGCUACGUUACAGACCGCCGCUAUCGGAGCUUCGCAUGGAAGACAACAAGAUGGAAACACUUCCUCCCCGGCGUAUGACUUAUUGGCCUCCAUUGCAAACGUGA